UUUCUUCAAAUGUGGACCCAUAUUAUUUUGUUAUGAAUCUUUGUCUUCUGUGAUUCUAUUCUCCCCUUGUUUUGUUUUUUUUUUUGAAGUCUUUUGAUUUGUAACAAUGUUCAACUCAAACAACACCAAAGCCACUGAGCUUCAAACAAAACAAAUAGCUACCUUCCAAUUAACAAUCACCAAGGUGUCAUCUCCUCUUUUAAUGGUUUUGCUUUCAUCUCUUUUUUUUCUUUUCUUUUCAAUUUUCUAAUUUCUAAUUCAUACCCCCCUCCCCUUUUUUUCUACUUGCACAAGUUCUCUUGUUGAAUUGAACACACUCUUGUUAUGCUUUGUAGGUUGUGCCGUUGAAAUGAUGGGCCCUAAAUUCCACUGAAAUUUCAUGCUAACAACCAAAAGGCUCUCUUUACCUCGUUCACUGCUUUCUUUUUGCCCCCAAUUUCGUGCUGUUUCGCAUUUAGGUUUUGCACCUCUUUUUAACUAAGAUAAAAUUUAGUUUUGAUUUGACUUGAUUUUUUGGCAAUUUUCGAUUUGGAGUUUUUUAUACCCCACAUGGGUUUUCUUUGAUCAUGUUGUUUGAGCUGGAAAGGUGUAGUUCAAAUUCCCUUCUGAAAUCCCAAUUUUCAAGUGAGUAAAGUGAACUAGGAAACAUUUUUGGAACUGGAGUCUCUCAAAUUUUGUGUUGGGUAUGGUGUUUGAGGGAUAAAGACUAGAUUUUUAAGGUUGUUUUUAUUUUUUUGCCUGAACCAUUGGAGCCAAGGAAGAUGGACAGAGUUCUUCAACCUCCUUUGGUUGAUACUACUGCAUGUUUAUGUAGAGUAGAUACAGGCCUUAGAACUGUUGCUGGAGCAAAGAAGUAUGUCCCUGGAACUAAGCUCUGCCUUCGGCCUGACAUUAAACCAUCCAUUCACCCAACUAGAAACAAGCCAGCACGUGGUGACAGAAGCCGCAAUCAAUCCCCACUACUUCCAGGACUCCCUGAUGAUCUUGCUAUUGCUUGCCUAAUCCGAGUCCCACGGGUUGAACACCGCAAACUCCGGCUAGUCUGCAAAAGAUGGUAUCGGCUUUUGGUUGGUAACUUUUUUUACUCUUUGCGCAAGAGUCUUAGAAUAUCGGAAGAAUGGAUAUAUGUCAUUAAGAGAGACCGAGACGGUAAAAUCUCAUGGCAUGCUUUUGAUCCUGUAUAUCAACAAUGGCAGCCCCUGCCUCCUGUUCCUAAGGAAUAUUUUGGAGCUCUUGGUUUUGGAUGCGCUGUUCUGAAUGGCUGCCACCUAUACUUGUUUGGUGGGAAGGACCCGCUAAAGGGAUCCAUGAGACGCGUCAUUUUUUACAGCGCUAGAACAAAUAAAUGGCACCGUGCCCCGGACAUGCUUCGUAGGCGGCACUUCUUUGGCUCGUGCGUUAUAAACAAUUGUCUGUAUGUGGCUGGUGGGGAGAAUGAAGGUGUGCAUCGGUCCUUGAGAUCAGCUGAAGUGUACGAUCCCAACAAAAAUCGAUGGUCGUUUAUUUCAGAUAUGAGCACUGCAAUGGUUCCUUUCAUUGGAGUUGUCUAUGAUGGGAAGUGGUUCCUGCAGGGACUUGGUUCUCACCGACAGGUUCUGAGUGAGGUUUAUCUGCCAGAGAACGAUAGUUGGUACCCUGUUCAUGAUGGAAUGGUUUCUGGUUGGAGGAACCCUAGCGCUACCCUUAAUGGAAAGCUUUAUGCUUUAGACUGCAAGGAUGGCUGCAAACUUAAGGUUUAUGAUGAGGCUACAAAUUCAUGGAGCAAGCAUAUCGACAGUAGAAUGCAUUUAGGGAGUUCGCGGGCUUUGGAGGCUGCUGCCCUUGUCCCCCUCAAUGGGAAACUCUGUAUUAUCCGGAAUAAUAUGAGCAUUUCUUUGGUUGACGUUUCAAAACUUGAAGAUUUGAAAGGAUCUUCUGCUGAACAGUUAUGGGAAACUAUUGCAGGGAAAGGACAGUUCAAAACCUUGGUAACAAAUUUGUGGUCUAGCCUUUCUGGUAGAAACCGACCCAAAAGUCACAUAGUUCACUGCCAGGUUCUUCAAGCUUAAAGGUUGUAUAGUGCUGAAAAAUUGGUGAGGAGUUUUGUCAUGAUUAAAAACAUCUUAUUUUGAUCGUAAAUCUUACCGGAACACCAUGGUGCACUUCGAAGUUGCAUUCCGUCUCAAACGAGGUGAUAACAUAGAUGAGAUGUUUACUAAUCUUAUUGAUACCAGCUGUUACAUUUUGAAAAUUGAGUAGGUUGUUUAUCAGGUUUAAUGUUAGCUUUUUGUUUUAUGUUCCUGCAAACAAUGUAUAACAUAAAGAUGACUUGUGUGCUGGAUGGCAGAGAAUAAUUAGAUUUAGGGUAAGUUUGGUAAUCUCAUAAAAUUGAGGGUGAAAAAUUCAUGAACCAGUUUUGAAUAUAAAUUUUCAUGUAAAACUCAUCUAUGAAUUUUUCACCCUCAUUUUCUGCAGUGAUUAUCAACUGUCCAUAAACUCUAAAUAAUAUAUAUACAACUCUUGCGUUACAAGUGGUAUUUUGUACUAUAUGAUAAAGAAAAAGAAAAACUAGUCUGUUUGGAUGAUAA